CCUACUUUUUCCCCCACUCCACUUUUGAUAUUGUUAGUGAAAAUGCGUCUCUGGCUGAGGCACUCCUUGAACAACCAACUGAAAAACGCGUCCUAGUAGCAGGUGGUUGAUGCUGAUUUGGACUCGACAAGAAGAAAUUUAGGAUGAAUAAUGAGUUUUAACGUUCCAUCCUCUGAUCCGUACUUGAACGAAUACUUCACGAAACGCGAGUACGGUGACUUCACCCCGUUUUAUGUCACAAUCUGCAUCUGCCUGGUCAUCUUUUUCGCACUCUUGCUUCUCAACUGCAUCUUUUGCUGCUGUUCAGAGCACAGCCAAUACUGGUGCGACAAAAACACAGGUAAUCAGUUGUUGAUUCCGAUUUGGACUCGCACGCCUCACCAGCAGCUGCCGCUGAACUUUGACGAGCUUGAAGGCAAAGCUCCUCCACCGCCGCUGCACUAUCACGUGCCAGAUCCAACGCAGCUCCAGUACUCGACUGCCUCCACCUACCCGGCCAUCUCCGCCAGCUACUCCGAGUCUGUGAGGACGUCCACGCCGCCGCAAUUUUCUGGCAGCAGUCGCGAAAAGAGGGAAAGCGACAUCUAAUCAAAAAAUGGGUUUGCACAUGUUUUGGCCGCCGGUGGCCGCCGUCGCCAUGCUGGCCAUCAUCGUGGCCAUGCUGGUGCUCAAGUUCGGCGAGCGUUGGUGCAGGGCCAGGGUGACCCAGCCAGCGCCUCCACCACCACGCAAUG